AUGACGAGUUCCGGCGAUUCCCUGCCUGCGCGAACACAUCCAACGGAGAAGGUCGUGGCAGAUGGAGACGAAAGCGAUGGAGAGGACAUCUUCCAUGAUGCGCGCUUCCCAGCCGAAGAAGAAAAGAGGUUACUGAAAGAAGCCCACGAGAUCAAAGUCGAGGCCAAUCAACUCUUUGGCUCGAAAUGCUACGACCAGGCCAUCUCCUGCUACGACCGUGCCCUGUCAUCAUGCCCCAACUAUCUCGACUACGAUGUUGCUGUGCUCCGGAGCAACAUCGCCGCUUGUUACCUGAAGCUGGAAGACUGGAAAGCGGCAGUGGAUUCGGCAACGGCAUCGAUUGAGCGUCUGGACAAGGUAAUUUCCCCGUCCUCGCAAGAAAAGGCCGCGGAAUCCUCAAGUGAAUCUACCGCGCCCACCAAGACACAAUCAACCGACGAGGUAGUCGAGAUAUCGGGUGACGACGAAGAGGCGGAGGAAAUCCAAUUGAAGCGCUUGAAAGAACAAGACGAGCAGCGGACCAACGUCAGCCGAAUUCGGGCCAAGGCUCUGAUGCGACGGGCGAAGGCGAAGUCCCAAUUGGGUGGCUGGGCCAACCUGCAGGGCGCAAUGGAGGAUUACCAAGUCCUUGCGGGUAUGGACACACUGCCUCAGGACGAGAAACGGAUUGUUCAGCGGGCCCUUCGCGAGCUGCCCGAACGUCUCAACCAAGCGAAGGACAAGGAGAUGGGUGAGAUGAUGUCUAAGAUGAAAGAUCUUGGAAACGGUCUUCUCAAACCGUUUGGGUUGUCGACAGAUAACUUCAACUUUGUACAGGAUCCCAAGACUGGGGGUUAUAGUAUGAACUUCCAAUCCUGA